AUGGCGCAAUCAACACCAAUCGGAGUUGCUCUUAUCGGAGGAGGCAUUUGGGCGAGAGAAGAGCAUGCUCCUGCCAUCGAAGCUGCCAAAGACACCCUCGCUCUCAAAGCCGUUUACUCCCGCUCAGCAGCUUCUGCUAAAUCUUUCGCCGAGAGCGUUUCUUGUCCCGUGGAUCUCUAUUCUGAAGAUAGUGACAAGGGUCUUGAUGAGCUCCUACAACGUCCAGAUAUUGGUGCCGUCAUCAUCGCCCUAUCCAUUGAAAGCCAACCUCGCUUUAUCAAAGCCGCUCUACUAGCUGGCAAGCACGUUCUGUCCGAAAAGCCCGUGGCCGAGAAUAUCCAGGAUGCAGAGGAUCUGAUCAAAUGGUAUCGCGCUGAUAUCAAAGGUCCAACGUGGGCAGUUGCCGAAAAUUUCCGGUACUUGAACAGCUAUAAUUAUGCAGCGGAGCAGCUCAAGACAAUGGGCAAGAUUAAAGGUUUCCAGGGACGCCAGCAGGGUACUAUCCCGAUAGAUAUGAAGUUCAAUCUCACGCCUUGGCGACGAGUUCCCACCCAUCAAGGUGGAUAUCUUCUUGAUGGUGGAGUUCACUAUAUGGCGAGUCUUCGACUUUUGCUCGGUGCGCAGCCUGGAAAUGAAAUCGCCACUCUCUCGGCAUUUACCAAUCAACUACAGGCUUAUCUGCCUCCGGUUGAUACUGCCGACAUGAUCCUGAGAACGCGGUCUGGUGUGACUGGAAGUUUUCAGAUUUCUAGGGGCACAAAAUUGCGAGCGGAUGAAUGGACUGUGGCGUGUGAGGAUGGUUGGAUUAAGAUUGAAGACGAGAAGGUGACCAUCUCGAGGGAUGGUCAGGAGGAGACGGUCUCUGUUGCCAAUGAACGCACUGGCGUCCCCCCUGAAGUUAGAGUAUGGGGUGCGAGUCUUGUGGCUGGAAAGAUUGUUCCUGAGCAGGAGCCUGAGGCUGCGUUGGGUGAUCUUGAGCUGAUUGAGCUCAUGCUUAGGAGUGGAGCUCAGGAUGGAACUCCUUUAACCUGUAAGCACCAAGUCGUUUAG